AGGUGCUGCCCGGCUACUUCUCGACGCGCGAGGCGCCGGGCGACGUCUUCCACUGCCGUGCCGUCGGACAUUGUCCCGGCGGAGAGCCGGGGACCUGCGCGGAAGGACGUGAUCCCAGUUAUUUGGGCUGCAGCAAGUGCUUACGGGGCUUGAGAUCCCGUGACGAUGGCUCCUGCGGCGAAUGCCGGUCGAGCGAUUACGCCGUGGCCACGGUGAUGCUUCUCUUGCUGGUUGCUGCCGUCGCCCUGGUCUACGUGGGUCUUUUCAAGGAGCAACAGGUGCGUCAACCUGGGCCUCUGCUGAUCGCAGUGACCAGCAUCACGCAACUGUUGACGACCCUGCAAAUUCUGAACAUCCUUGGCAGUUUCGACAUUCCCUGGGGAGAACCUUUUGUCUCCAUUCUCGCCUUUAUCGAGCUCUUUAAUUUCAACCUGGACAUUCUGUCAAUCGACUGCGUCACAUGGUUUGAUUCGGUGGGAGAAUUUACCAUGAGAGUUUGCCUGCUGCCUACGAUUAUGCUCAUUGCUCUCUUCGUUCAUUUUGGUUUCUUAGGGAUCUCGUAUCUUCGUGCGGUGCUCACCAAAACGGAACCCAGAAAGGGCUGUAGAUUCAGUCAACUGCUGCGAACGGUUGGGACCAUGUUGAUGAUCUUCUUCAUUAUGGUCUUUGCUCUGCUCACGGAGCCCUUCCAAUGCCGUCUGCAUCCCAGUGGUGUCUGGACGUUGAAAGGCCGCUAUCAAUCGGUUUAUUGCGAUGGCCGGGGGGAGCACUUGCAGAUGUACAUCACAGGUGCUUUGGGCUGUUUGAUUCCCAUCUCAUUCUUAGCCCUGUGUACCUGGGUGGUUCUCGUGGAGAUUCCAAAAGGUAUUGCCUUGGUGGAUACCACGGUGCUGGACGCAUACUUCUUUCUGAUUCGAAGAUUGCGACCCGGAGCAGAGAUCUUUUCCAUCCUAUUCCAGGUGCGCAAUCUCUUCGUGGUCUUGUGCCCCUUGGUGCCGUCCAUCACUGGCAAGUUGCUGUCUGUGGGCUUGAUCCUGUCAAUCAACUUGAUUCUGGUGGUUCACGUGAAGCCCUGGCGUUCGGCCGUGUGCAAUGUGUUGGACGUCGUGCUGUUGUGCGGCAUCUUGGGAAUCAUGGAAAUGGCUGCCAUGUUCGUGCAGGAUGUCAGCUCCCAGACCAACAUUUGGAUCGUCAUGCUGUGCUUUUGCGUGAUGAUGCUGGGAAUCUUCGGUGCAAUCGCCUUUGGAGUCCAUAAGAGCUGCCGCCAGAAGUAUCAAAAGCAGUUCAAGUUCUUUCUCUGUCAUCAUAAAGCGGCCUCGGGCUGCAUGGCCAGACUGCUGAAGAUCGAACUGCAUCAGCGACUUCCGCGGAGUAAAACCUUUGUGGAUUGCGAUGACUUGCUGAACCUCACACGUUUGUUUGGCUACGUCGGUCAGGACACUGAGACCUUUGUGAUCCUGGGAAGUCCGGCGAUCUUCACAAGGAAGUGGUGCGUCGGAGAAAUGGUCACUGCACAGGUGAAUGGCGUGAGGACCGUCCUGGUGGCCUGGCCCACCAUGGUGAUGCCAGAUGAGCAGUUUAUCUUGAACUAUCGGAGCAUUGUUCCAGAGAUCAAAGAUCUUACCAAGUUUGGCAUCAAUCUACUAGACGUGAAGAAGACCUUGAGGUGGCUAGGUGAAGUCGAAACUCUCUGGCUGCCUUCAAAGCUGACGGACAUCGUGGUGCGCUCCCUGGUGUCCUCGCUGGUGACGCGCAAAAACCACGACGGCCCGGCCAGCCCGGCCAGCCCGGUGGGCUCUGAGGUCACGGACCGGAGAAGCAAGUGCAACGACUCUUCGUCGAUGUUGUGCCCGAUCUUGGUGGAUCCCAAAAACAUCGAGGCCGUAGCCGCAGCCUUCAUCCUCCAAGCCCUGCUGAGGCCACUACUUCUGAACCGCUUGAUGCUUGCAGAUGUCCUCAAAGAGGACAUGGAAGUUCCGCAGGACACACGAGCAGCCUUGAUGGUGUGCAGCGACUUGUGCUUCCUCUCUGGCCAGGUUCAAUCAUGGUUGCUACAAGCUUCACGUAUUCCUACUUGCUACAUGAUUCCGAUCAUUGCGGACGACAACUUUUUGGUCCCAUCACCCUCCUUCUUUACUGAGCUCGUGGCCACAUCCUCCACAAGUUCUUUGAAUCAGGCCGAUCUCUUCGCUUAUAUGCAGGUAGUGAAAGCACUUUUUCAAGAGAUUGCAAUCAUUUUUGUGCCGCAGAACAGCGCCUCCACAAUCGAAGAUUUGGAGUUGCGUGCCAAUAAGACGGCGGCGCGUCUGCUGGUGCCAUUGCAGCCCAUGACCCAGAAGAUCUCGCGGCUCAGUACCACACAGUCUAUGAUGUCUGGCGAUUCGAAUAAUAACAGGAUGGAGCCUUGUGAUCUCGUCCACCGUUUCGUCGUCCCGUUUCAAGCGGUUGUGGAUGUCGAAACCAUCUCGCAGGGCUUUAAGGACCCCUUGGACGACCAGGAGUGUGGUGAUGGGUCGGAAGUUGAGGUCGCCUUUUGACGCUCCA